AUGGCGCAGCAAAACGUGCCUAUUUCCAAUAGUGAGCUUCAGGCUCUAAUUGCCGCCAUUCCUAAUGAUUUGGCUAUCGUUUCUUCGGCUUCAGGAUCGGUUGGUUUUUAUUUUUUCUGGAUUUUCUAAAAUUUGGGUUUCCCUCUGAAUUCAUAAUUCUCUUUAGAAGGUCUAUAUUUUCAAAUUUUGCCAAAGUUCGUUUAUCAGUGUUUUUGCAAGUUUUCUGUAGAUUUUUUUCCAACUCAGAAAUCAUUAUAUUUUCAUUUAUCCACCCAAAAAAAAUCUAUUCAAAUAUCUCCGAGUGAGAUUUUAAGCCUUUUGCUAUCCAAUAAUCACUAUAUUUUUUUCUUUUUUAUUUUUUUUUCAACCGAAAAAGUCUAUUCAAAUGUUUCUAGAUGAUUGUUCAAGCCUUUUCUACUCAAUUAUCACGACAUUUUCAACUUUUCUAUAUGAAAAAAAUCACCUCUUUUAUAACAAAAUUUUUAAUCAACAAAUCAAAAACUUAAAAAUUUCUGAUUGAUUUUUUUCAAGCCUUUUUCUACUCAAAAAAAUCACUAAAUUUUUGCACUUUUUCUCCCUAAAUUUCUAUCAUACAGUCAAAUUUUUUUACUUUUUCUGAGUGAUUUUUUUCAAGCCUUUUUCUACUUUAAAAUCACUAAAAUUUCCUUUUUCCAACUUAAAAGUUACUAAAAAAAUUUUUUUCUACUUAAAAAAAUCACCACAUUUUCAACUUUUUAUGUAUAAAAAAAUGAUCAUAUUGUCAACUUUUUCUAUAUAAAAAAACACUAUAUUUUCAAGUUUUUCCACUCAAAAAAAUCACUGAAAUUUCCACUUUUUCUAUCUAAAUUUCAAUCAAAAAAAGUCAAAUUUUGCAAUUCUGAAAGGUUUUCCAAGUUCUCUUGUACACAAAAAAAUCACUAGAUCUUUCACUUUUUAUACUUAAAAAAAUCAUGAAAUAUUCAACUUUUUCUAUUCAAAAAAAUCACUGUAUUUUCCUCACCUCCAUCCAAAAAAAGUCCGCCAAAAAGUCUAGUCUAUCGCGCUCAAUUUGCCAACAAUGUUCGUUUGUGUGGAUCGAGUGCAGUGUGGGGGAGGGCAACAGAGAAGAGAGCAGCAGCAGAAAAAAAAAGGUCAAAUGCGUAAAUAUGUCCUCCCGACAGUUGAUGCGGACUUUGAUGGAUUUCUUUGCUUUUGCCAUUUCGACCUUUUUCUCCGUUGUGUUUUUGUGAAAUUCGAGAUAUAUUCUUCUUGUUUUUGGUAUGGGCUUUGAAUAAUUGUUAGAAAUCAGUCAUUUUUGAAAAACUUGUCCGAAAUCCUUUCUGUAACGUUCAAAGAAGCAGAAGCCUGAUUUUAGCAUCAAAUUUGCAGGAAAGUCGCUCAAAAAAAGCUUUAAAAAAUCUCCAAAAAAGCUUAAAAACGCUCCAAAAGCUUAAAAAUUGCUCCAAAAGCUCAGAAAUCUUGACCGCAACGCAUCGAAACUCAUUCCAAACGCGGCUUAAUGAUCUAAAAGCGCAGAGAAUGAUAAAACUUGAAGAAACUGUUGGAAAAUCGUCGAAAUAUCCAAGCCUGUGAUCCCAAGAACCAUCAAAAAGUUCUACCAAAAAAAAAAUCAAUACUGAGCCGCACCGCGAUGAAAGCCAUUUCAAACGCGACCAGAAGGUUCCAAGUCAUGGCGAUAGAAGUAUAGAACCAGAACCAGAAGAACACUACUUAAUCAAAAAAUCAAUCCAAAACCCUUCAAAAUCCCAUCGAAUCAAGAUCCAAAUCCACUAUAACUUUGACAAAAAUCGUUCUGAAACCUACCAAACUUGAAGUUCAACUUAAACUAGACCCAAUGAAAACCAAAUUCCCAAGAAAUAUGGCUAAAAAUCUGUCAAAUCCAUUCUAAAUCAGAGUAGACUCGAUGAGAUCCGAAUUCACGACACGGGUCGAAAAAGCUUGAAAGACUAGAAGCCACUAGAGGGUAUUGAACAGAAGACCUUUUUAAAAAUCCUCUGAACCCUUCAAAACUAGAGCAAACCCAAAAAACAUCCUUAACCCAUCCAAACUUGCAGUCAAAGUCGAACUGCUCGCUGGGCGAGCUCUCCACCUCGGCCUCCUCCUCCUCCUGCGUCUUCCCGACGAUCCACGACAUGACGGCGCUGUCGAUGCUCUCCUUGCCGACGUUCCCGCUGCUCGGCGGCUUCCCUCUGAUCUCGCCCAUGCAGCUGACGCCGUUCGGCGCCGCCGCCCUACCGCCCCACGCCACGAUCGAAAGCCUCGGCCUCAUCAAUUCCCAUUUGGUAAGUCUCAAAAACGUACACGGAACUAGUGUCUUUCCGCAAUGAGAAACAAAACACAAGGUCAGAAUCUACCGUAAUCAGAAAGGACGAAAUCGGAAAGGGCAGUCACUUGACGGCAUAGUUUGGGUCGGGAACACUGACUAGACUAAAAGUGGGACUUUUUGACGUCAUCUUAAGCUCUGAAGAGCCUUCUGGAGCUUCUAGAAGACUUUCUGACUUUCCUAUCUCUCUUGGAACGACAUGACCUUUUAUUGACUUUCUCAAGAUCCUCGAGGAGCCUUGUCUUUAAACGAACUUUCUAGAGCCUCUAAACGAUUCUAAAACGUUCUUAUAGAUACCAGUAGACCUCAGGAAGGUUUUGUAACCUCAGAACCAUGUUUAAAACACUUUAAAAGCUCCCAGACUUUCCUAGAGAGACCUUAAGAGCCUAAGAACCUUUUGGACCACUCUAAAAGCUCCCAGACCUUCCUAGAGAAACCUUAAGAGCCUAAGAACCUUUUGGAACACUCUAACAGCUCCCAGACCUUCCUAGAGAGACCUUAAAAGCCUAAGAACCUUUUGGAACACUUUAAAAGCUCCCAGACCUUCCUAGAAAAACCUUAGGAGCCUAAGAACCUUUUGGAACACUCUAAAACCUUCCAGACCUUUCUAGAGACCUUAAGAGCCUAAGAACCUUUUGGAACGCUCUAAAAGCUCCCUGACCUUCCUAGAGCUUCCAAAAAAGGGUCCUUCCCAAGGAAAGUCUCAAACCUUUCCAAAGUUCCAAAAAACGUGUAGUCGUGCUCAAGAGUCACAUUAAAUCCCACUAUGUUAACCUUUACCUGGGCUCUUUUUGGUAAGAAGUCGAGUUAGGCUACAGUGUCCCGGGCGAAGUUCCUAGAGGCCUUCUCCCGCCCGCCCGCCCACCAAAAAGUACAGCCACUGAAGUGCCGAAAACAUUUCGACAGAUUGCACUGUAGUUUACUAUGCUCGGCUCGGAGAUCCGCCCCUUCAAUAAAGAAAAACGGGGGACGAUGUCCUUGCCUUUCUUAUGAAAACAUGCACUUGCUCUUGCAUUUCUCGACAUGUUGAACACUUUCUUUUUUGGGAACUAUCAUCUCAACCGCAAAGUCGAUCCUACGGAAAUCAGUAAAGCUUCCAAAAAACUAGCCAUUCUCCCUAGGUAACUCUGAGUUCCUUGCCCAACCAAACUUGAGGUUUUCCAGUCGGGCGAAGCCUCAAAGAACCUAUAAACCUUCCAAAUUUCAGUUGAACUGAAAGUUGAGCUUCAGAAAAACUAGCCAUUCUCCACAGGCACCAACAGGUUCCUUAAGCAACCAAACUUGAGGUUUUCCAGUCGGAGAAAGCCUCAAAAAACCUAUAAACCUUCCAAAUUUCCGUAAAACCGAAAGUUGAGCUUCAGAACCUAGCCGUUCUUCACAAGAGCCUCAAAGUUCUUUGAAACUUAAACUUGAGGUUUUUCAGUCGCACUAGGCCUCAAAGAACUUAUAAACCUUCCAAAUUUGGGUACAACAGGAGAUUAAAAACACUGGCCGUUCUUUCAAGGUCCACUUAGGCUUCUGAAACCCAAACUUGACCCUUUCUAGAAAGACAGAACCUCCAUGAACCUAUAAACCUUCCAAGUUUCAGUAGUAUUCACAUUUGAGCUUAUUGAAACUAGCCGUUCUUCACAGGUACUUCUAAGUUCCCAAAAAAACCCUCCUUGAUGUUUUCUAGUCGACCAAAGCCUCAAAAAUCCUAUAAACCUUCCAAAUUUCAGUAGUAUCCAUAUUCAAGCUUCUAAAAACUAGUUGUGCCUUCCAGGCUCCCUAAAAAAACGAACUUGGCCCUUUCUAGUCGGGCAGAACUUCAAAAAACCAGCUAAACCCUUCAGAAAAAUUUCUAAGAUCCUUCAAAAUAUACACGACCGCGAGAACCCCAUUUCUACCAAUUUCAACCUUCAAAACCACCUCUAACUCUUCCCAUUUUCAGUACCACCAGCAACAACGCGGAGCCCUGUCGGCGACAUCAUCUCCAGCCCCGGAACCGAUCGCGACGAGUUCCGACACCCGACCGCGGGCCUACUCCAGCGCCGCCACCCUACAGCACCCGAAGAGCGAGACGCGACGAAAACGGGCCCGGCGGGCCAACCCGGAACCAGCGACGCCGCCGAAGCCAGUCUCGCCGUGCGGCAUGCCGCAGCCGCACAGUGUUCUGAGAUCUCUGGUCGAAGACGAUGACGUCACGCCGAUGAAAGUGCGGCCGAUUCAAGUCACAAGAGAGGAGGAGGAGUUCGUUCGUCGGAAAACUGCUCAGCGUUGGUUUUUCUCUUGCUAUUGGAACUAUUGGAAUUUGCAUCCGUCUCAUUGAGAGUAGGGAUAAGAGAGCGCAGACAGGUCAGAUAAUGGAAUGAAUUAUUGAUUGCCAGAGCUAUCAAAAACCGAUUUUUCUUUUUUCUAGGCCUUUCAGUUGCUUUUUCAACCUCAAGAAAGCUUUAAAAAUUCUCUUUUCUACCAAAAAUCUCAGAAAAAUCAUUUCUUUCGAACCUCCUCUAAUCAAGGUCCUGGAACCAAUCCCGGUGGUUCCGUAGAGCGUCCAACCGUGCAGAAGAACCCAAAUUUCUUCUCCUAGAUGAAAAUUUGAAGACUUGACUGAAUCCAACUGAAUUUUCAUACUAGUUUACGCAGGAAGAAGCUCAAAAUCUUCUUUUUUCUAACCGAUUCGGAAACUCCCAAUUUAAUCCCAAGUUUUUCAAAAAUCUCCAGAUUCUAGUGCUCGUUCUACGAGUAAGAAAAAACAAAUUUUCUCAUCCUAGAUCUGAAUUUGGAGACUCGAGGGGUCCCAAUCUACAUUCCCCACAUUUUUCUCAAAAAACUUCAAACCCCCCCCGCCUUUUAUUUCUCCAAACCCCCAAAUCUCCAAAUUCCAGUGCUGGUUCUUCCAGGUAAAAAAACCAAUUUUCUUGAUCCUAGAUCUGAAUUUGAAGACUUGAGGGAGACCGUUCCACUUUCCCUACAUUUUCUCAAAAUCUCCAAACCCCCCAUUUUUUUCCUCUCAAUCUCCAAAACCCCCUUAAAGUACCCAAAUUCCAGUCCUCGAACGAGUUCCCGUAGUCCCGGAAAGCGACGAGGAAGACGCCAACAACAACUCGAACCGUCACCGACGACCCCUGCGACAACUCAUCCGGGACCAGGAUCUUCCCGACGAAGUUGGGCCCGACUCGCCGUUCCGUCACUAUCCCAAGUAUCAGGUACCGAAGUUAGUCUUUUCCUCGUCCUCCGGGUAUAUUUUUUUAUACUUGUUUUAUCAUUAUGCAGUCCGAUCACGUCGAAAAAUGUCAAAAUGUGGAAAAUUUAUUUUUUAUCGACGUUAUGAAACAAACAAUUUUUAACACAAAACGAUUCAUUUUCAAUAUUCUUUGAAACUUAUUUGAAAAAGGUUACUUUUGAGAAUUUUUCAGCUUCUUUCAGAGCUCAAUUCAGAGAUUAGAAGUGGAAAAAGACUUCAGGAAAUGUUGAAAAUAAUAGAAGAAGCUCAAAGUUUAAAAAAAAACCUUUAAAAUAGCUUACAAAACCUCAAUUUUCAACAAUUUUAGCUCAAACAUGACCUUUUUUCAACGAUUUUCAACAUUUUUUUGGACGUAAAACUGCCCAUAGAAUUUCAAUAGUACAUUCAAAAAAAGAGCUCAAAAAUUGUAGUUAUAAAGUUUCGAAUUUCGAUCAAAUUUGGGCCAUUUUUGAUAUUUUUCCACGUCAAAUCACUCUUAAACAUAGAUCAAACCGAAAAAAAAUUCAAAAUUCAACCAAAAUUGGGCCAUUUUUGACAUUGAUCAACUACAUAUCACUUCCAGAAAAUCGAUAAAACCGAAAAAUUUCAAAAUUUCGACCAAAAUGGGCCAUUUUCGACAUUGAUCAAGUACAUAUCACCUCUUAAAAAUCGAUAAAACCGAAAAAAAUUCGAAAUUCAACCAAAAUUGGGUCAUUUUUGACAUUGAUCAACUACAUAUCACUUCCAGAAAAUCGAUAAAACCGAAAAAUUUCAAAAUUUCGACCAAAAUGGGCCAUUUUCGACAUUGAUCAAGUACAUAUCACCUCUUAAAAAUCGAUAAAACCGAAAAAAAUUCGAAAUUCAACCAAAAUUGGGUCAUUUUUGACAUUUAUCAACUACAUAUCACUAAUAAAAAAUCGAAAAAGUCGAAAAAGUCUCGAAUUUCGACCAAAACGAGACAUGUUUAACAUUUAUCGACGUCAUAUCACCCCUAGAAAAUCGAUAAAAUCGAAAAAUUUUCAAAAUUCCACCAAAAGUAACCAUUUUUGACACUUAUCCACGUCAUAUCACUAUCAGAAAAUAGAUAAAACCAUAAAAAUUUCAAAACUCGAUCCAAAUUGGGCCAUUUUUGACAUUUAUCGACGUCAUAUCACUAUCAAAAAAUCGAUAAAGUCGAAAAAGUUUCAAAUUUCGACCAAAACGAGACAUGUUUAACAUUUAUCGACGUCAUAUAACCCCUAGAAAAUCGAUAAAACUAAAUAAUUUCAUAAUUCAAUCAAGAUUGGGCCAUUUUUGACAUUGAUCGACGUAAACUCACUACUAAAAAAAUCGAUAAAACCGAAAAGUUUCAAAUUUCGAAAUUGACCCCUAGAAAACCAAAAGUACCAACGAUUCCCAUCGAAGAAACCCAACAAAAAGGUGUGCAGCACUUGCAGAGGCAACGCCGGGAGCAGCAGCAGCAGUCGCAAUUGAGGACGAUCCAAGGGAUCCAGGCGGCCGUCGCCACGCUCUGCAUCGAGGCCAUCAAGAGCGAGCAGGGCAAGAACGCCGUCGAGGCCCCGCCGACGCCACGCACCGACAACAGCGCCCUUCGCAAGGAGAUCGCCGCCACUGACUAG